CCACGUUACAAAUAUGUUUUCGGUAAAUUUCCAUUGCACAGGAACCUAUAAAUGCUCGCGCACUUAACAGCUUUAUUUUCGCAGGAGAACAGGACAAUGGCUGUGUCAAAACUCGAGAAAUCAGUGUUGCUGGAGAAAGAUGAGACGCUGCAGCUCACCGCAGUUCGCCUAUACCAUUCCCAACGGGAGGUGGCUCGAUACCUUGAACUAGGCUACCUGAAUUUGGUCGACCAUCCUGAUAUUGCAAAAGAGGUUCGUUUAACAGCUCACGAUGCUCGAGCACAGCAUUUGAUGACGUCAGGCUUAAUGAAGAAGUUUACCAUGACGUCAAAACAUGUUGUUCAAACGUUGUUGCCAAUGAUUCGUGACGGCGUCGAACUUGGUGACGUUGACAUAGUCAGGGAAACAUUUGGGCAAAUACUCGAUCAUGCCGAGGAUAUGAAAACAGAAUCUGAAAAGACAAAAGCAAGUUAUUAUGAGAUACAAGGAAAGGUUCAGGCAAAUCUUGGAGAUGUUGACAAACGAAAUACAACAGUGAAGAAAACUAACGAGCAAAAGAAGAUAGAAAGGGAGAUGGAAGAAAAAAGGCAACAGCAGGCGAAUGAAAAUGCUGAGAAGUUGAAGGUAGAGUUGGCAAAAGCUGAUAAGGAGCUGGAAGAACUUCGAUCAAGAAGGAAAGUCAUGGGCGAAGAAAUUGAAAAGGACAUAAAAGCCUUGGACUUAGAAGACGGACCAACAUUCAUAGACGAUGUGAUGGGAUCUUUUACUCUUGGAGGCGUCCCAGAAACCGCAAAAACGAUCGUGAAUGCUACUGUGGGACUCAUAUCAGGCUAUCUUGAAGACAGGAGGAGGCAAAGUCAGAUAAAGUUGAAAAGAAAACAGUAUAAGCUACUGAAUACUGAGGACAGGGCGAGGAACGAGCAACAAGUAAAACUCAGAAUUGAAGAAGACACACAACGUACAGAAGCGCUAGAAAGACAUGCCAUGAUCGAAAAACUUAAUAGAGAUAUAACAGUUGGCCUUGGUGACGUGCAUAACCUUAAGGAAGCGGCAACCCACUUGGGUGAUGUGGACAAGCUUUUUACAAAGAUUAUUAGGUUUUGGGAAGAUAUGGCAGCGGCAACAAAGUACCUGAAAGAUGACACAAAAGCCGGAGAAGUUUACCUUAAAAAGAUAGAGGACGAACGGUACCAGACACGUUUUCUGAAGUCCGUAGAAAGAGCUGAACAGAACUGGGGUUUUUUCGGGAAACUUUGCGGCGCGUAUGUUGUGGAGACUGACAGGGAGAUAGAUUUCCUGUACGAGUAUCUGUCAAAACCACUUGACCACUUGUCUGCUGAAGAAAGAAAAAACAGAAAGCAAGCUGUAUUAAGUGAGCUAAAGAAAGAGAUCGACCAGGUUUACCCUCAGAUUGAAGACAUUACCGACGAAAAAGACGCAUAAAUGAUGCAAAUACUGAACUAUUGAAUCAUUGAAGGCUACAAGAUGACAAUUCAGUAAAAACAUAUGAAAAAAGUCAUAACGGAGAUGAAACACAUAAAACAAUAUUUGUAUGAGAUGAUAUAUUUAUCGAGCAGAUUUCGUGUCUUUUUGAUAUAAAAAUAGUAUAAAUUUAUAUUUCAGUUUACAUAAUAUUUUAUGUUUCUAAUUUAUGCUUUUAAAUUGCAUAUUCUAUGUAAAAUUCAGUUAACAUAACAUGAUCAAUAUUAAGUGAAUAUUAAAAUCACUUGACAAAUUAACUCAAAUCAAGAUGUUAAUUAAAAUGUUUUAGUGGAUUCACAUCUGUUUUUGCGCCCAAAACAUAUAAACAAUAAUAUUCAAUUUCAUUUUUUUUAUCAAUUGAAACAAUAUUUAUCUCUUAACUUGUUCUAAAAAUUCAUCGUUGCUGUUUAUGUAUAAUGGGAAUAUAUUAUAUAGACACUUGUUGGCUGUAGUGUUGUCUAGAUGUGUUGAUGGUAGUAAUUGUCGUAGGUUCGGAGGAUUUAUAUGUUAAAAAUAUAGCAUUACUCUGCUCUCGGUGUAUUGUUUUGUUAUUUGGAUUGUUUUGCCAUCUUUAUGUGUAACCUCACUUUGGUCUUAUAGAUACCAACAUACUUCACACCACGAUGCAAUUUUGCUGCUUUUGGAAUCAAUGUUUUUUUCUUGUUAAAAGUAUCAUCCUUUUCAUUAACUUUAAAUCAGGAGUGAUGUAGAUGGGACAAAGCUUUGUUUUGCUUCUUUCUUGAUCUUAUGGUGUUAAAUCAUCUGAAACUAUGAAUACAGGGUUAAGAGGCUAUUGACAAAAUUUUACUGUGAUUGGAAUAAGAAAAAAUAUGCAUAUAAGGGUCAAGACCAGACAAGUGAAUCUUUUCAAAGGACUCUGCUUAAUAUCGUCAGUUAAGUUAGUAAUAACAAACAUGCUUUGACGUUCGGCAAACAUAUGUGGAUAUGUACUUUUGGGGUGAGAAAUGAUGUAUCAUGAUCGAGUUACUUUAUCGCAAGAUCAUGAAGUGAUAGAGGUUUCGAUAAACUUAAAACCCUCGUUUCUGCUCAAUAGUUUGAGUUCAGAAAAAGUUGUUGUGAUAAACAUGGUAGACGUUGAUUUAAAGUCAUUUUAAUCAAGGUCGGUUUCACAUUGAAUAUUUAAGAAUGAUGCAAAAUGAUAAAAAUGUGUAUACACCAGGCUGAUUUAGAUACAGUUUUUGUUGAUAAGAAUGAAUGAAUAUAAGAUAAUUACUUGUAUGAGGAUAUCGAAAACUGAAAUUGGCCUAAUUUCCUGAUGGCACAACCUAUGUUUUUAUUAAUGUUUUUUUUAUAAUUGAGCUUGUCCCUGUAGUCUAAAUUACUUAUAACCUAGCUUUGUCGACUCGUGGUGUUUCUGGUUGAUGUAUUACAUUCUUUUACUGUCUCAUUAACCACUGUGUGUUUUAUUUACUUUUAGCCAUUUGUAUCUUGAUUAAUCAUUAUGGUAUCUAUAACUCUGUGUGCCUUAUGUUAAUGCAUGUACAAGAAACAUGUUGAUAACAUCAUUCGAUAAUAUCUUUUAUUGUUAGUAAACUAUGUUUAACUUUUAUUUUAUUUGGGCGGAAUAUAAUACUAUAUAUAUAUCGAC